AGUCCUCCACUAUGGACUUUUUUCCAAACUGUGUCUUGCUCAUACUAACUUCUACUAUUUUUCUGACAGGUCCAGCACAGACAAGGCACCCCUUUGUACAGUCUUCCAAACCCUGGAUAUGACAACUGAUCAAUCUGAUUGUUGGUCGUGUCAAUAUCUAGAUUAUUUAAAAAAUCUAGAUUGUUGCUCUUGCCAGAGCGAGUGUCUGGUGGGUAAAAUCUGGAGAAUGGAUGCGUACCAAGAGACAACAGCGUGAUGAGAUUUCUCAUUUUGCCUCCAAAUCAGCUUUUAAUAUUUAAAACUUCUAGUUAAAUUUCAGACUGGGGAAAUGAAGGAGUGAAGGAUGUGCCAUCCUACAAUAUGUCAGAUUGGUGGAUUGAUUAUUUGAGUUAAAAACAUGGGGAAACUAGUGUCAGAGCGGGUGAGCUGAUCUCUCUCUUCCUCUCUCUUCCUGCAUGUAGCAAGUGAAAAAGAUUCUUCUGGGAGGGGGACCCUCUCCAAACCAGGGUAAGAAAAUGACCCUUAUCACCAGAGACGUGAAAUUAGAGGGACGAUAGACCCAAAUAAACAUACUUACAAUAAUCCUUAUCUGCCACCUGUUUUACAGCCCCUACAUAUCUCCCAGUGACUCCUCUAAAAAAUUUAUUGUUCCUAGCCAGACUGCGUCCUGUGAUUUCUUCUCAGAUGUAUUAGUCAUUGUCUAAAAUUUACAAAAACACAUUUGCUUGGCCAAUUUUUUGGAUUUCACUCUCUUGUGAACCUCCCCUUAUGCAUGUAAAACCAGUAAAGUUCGUAUCUGCCUGGUGACAACUGGCUUUUAGUUCCAACUAAGGAGCCAGAUAAAAGCACGCUCCACUGCCUUGUGCAGGGGUCGCAGUGGAAGCACUGGGAGGGGUUUGGGGGUUCCAGAGGAUUUCACAUCCUGCCCGAGGGUCCAGUCGAGGCAGUGUCUCUCCCUCUUAAUGCUCCCUUGGGACUUCCUGGGAUUGCUGCAGACACUGGAGUGGACUGGGAAGCUCCUGCCACCACGGGUAAGGGUCAUUCCACUGUGAGGAUGAGGAAGGGUGAGCAGUGGGUGUGAGGAUUGGGAAAUGUGUCUGUGCGGGGCCAUUGAGAAUUCAUGGUUGAAGGAAAUGGAAGUCCCUGAAAAUACUGGGGAUGUGUGACCUGGGAGCGGAGGUCCCAGAGCAGGAGGACAGAGGGCAGUGUAGCCAGCACCCAGGGCUGGGGAAGGCGUCUGCAGGAGGUGAAGGGUAAACUCUGUGAUACCUGCUUUGUUUGAGUCAUUCCUUUCCUCCCUCCCAGCAACUCUGGGAGUUUCUUUCCUGUGGAUUCCCAGCCCCGUUGCCUUUCUCUCCCCUUUCUUGUCGCUGAGGUCUGACUGCCCCUUUGGCAUCUCAUACUCCUUCUUUCCACAGAACUACUCUGGCAGGAGGGGGCCUGUUGCUUUUUUCUGUUUUUGCCUUCUUCUUCCAAUCCUAGAGAGACUGGCAAUGACUUAGUUUCUUGAGUGAUUCUGAGUGCUGACCUGAUGUGGAAACCCAAGCUCAGAGAAGGAUUUCAAACUAAUGUGACUUGAAUCCAGGUGUGGCUUCCCAGUACACCUGGGUCUUGUCUGUGCAGUCCAGGAGUGUUACCAUACGAGAUAUGCACAGGCAGUUCUGACCUGCGAAGUUAUAUCAAGUGGUAUGUGUGCUAGGUGUGCAUGUGUGUGCACUGGUAUGGAAAACAGUGUGGACGCUCAUGUGUGGACGUGUGUGGAAUUGUGUGGGCACAGCAGGGCAGAGUGACAUCCGUGUACUAGGGCGGCAUUACAGAGAAAUAAUGUUUUCUUAUGCGUGGCAGGACUUGAGGUUUUACAAGGGUCUGUAUCAGUACUUGUAACAGCAGAAUAAAAAGCAGAGGCUCGAGUGAGGAAACUGAGGGCUCCAUGCCAGCGUGCCUAGAGGCUUGCCUGCCAACUGCCACCCUCUGUGUUCCUUAGUCCUCCUGUCUCAAUCAAUACUGGCCAUAGUCUCCUUGUACCCCAGCCUGUGUGUGUCUCUCUCCCCAACGCCAUGUGGCUGUACCUGGCGGCCCUGGUGGGCCUGUACUACCUUGUGCGCUGGUACCGGGAGAGGCAGGUGGUGAGCCACCUCCGAGACAAGUACGUCUUCAUCACGGGCUGUGGCUCUGGCUUUGGGAACCUGCUGGCCAGACAGCUGGACAUGCGCGGCUUGAGGGUGCUGGCUGCGUGUAGGACAGAGAAGGCGGCCGAGCAGCUGAGGGCCCAGGCGUCAGACAGGCUGGAGACGGUGACUCUGGACAUCACCAAGACAGACAGCAUCACUGCAGCCACCCAGUGGGUGAAGGAACGCGUGGGAGACAGAGGACUCUGGGGCCUGGUCAAUAACGCUGGGAUCUCCAAAGGCUCGGGCCACAAUGAGUGGCUGACCAAACAAGACUUCAUGACCACACUGGACGUGAACCUGCUGGGGAUGAUCGAGGUGACUCUGAGCCUGCUGCCCUUAGUGAGGAAGGCGAGAGGCCACGUGGUCAACGUCUCCAGCAUCGGGGGUAGAUUGUCUCUAACACCUGGGGGCUACUGCAUCUCCAAGUAUGGCGUGGAGGCCUUCUCGGACUCCCUCAGGAGAGAGCUCACCCCCUUUGGGGUAAAAGUGGCUGUAAUUGAACCUGGUUCCUUCAAGACGAACAUGACCAACACUGAGAGGGUUUUGCUGCACGUUCAGGAAGUGUGGGACCCGGCCCGACCCAAGAUCAAGGAGACCUAUGGCAAGAAGUUUCUGGCAUCCUACCUCAAACGACUAUCUGAACACCUUUUGUCAACAUGCAACGAGAAUCUGUCAGAGGUGACGGACUGCAUGGAACAUGCGCUGACCGCCUGCCACCCCCGCACCCGCUACUCAGCUGGCUGGGACGCCAAGCUCCUCUACCUCCCCAUGAGCUACAUGCCCACCUUCCUGGUGGACGCCAUCCUCACCUGGGGCCUCCCAAGGCCGGCCAAAGCCCUGUGAAGACAAGACCGGGGUGCAUGGUUGAAGGGCACUGGCUGCGGUGUGAGGGAGGUGCACAUCAGCGGGAGGGUUGUAGGCUGGCGGGGAGCUCUCAUGCCAGCAGUACACCUGUCCCACCUCUUCCUCAUCCUCUCCAAAGCAUUCUGUGGGCUAUUACCCAAGACCCUGGUGAUAUCAGGAGGAAAGAGCCAAGGUCUUCUGCUGAGGAAUGGGAACCCACUGCACUCACUGGUGUCCUAUUGGCAUGAGUGGCCACUCAAGGCUUGAAUCUCUUAAGUCCUGAGGAAUCCACAGAAUUGUGGAGGGUUGAGCAGGUGGAAGCAGACUCAGUCCACACCUGCUCUGCCUUCUGCCUACACCCUGAGGUGUGCAUUUGCCUGGCCAGUGUAUGCCCUCCCGCAGGAUGGAAGUGGCCUGGGGGAAGCAGGAGCAUCCCUCCCUGAUGACCCCUGAGCACAUGGGCUUAGGGUGGGAGUACAACCCUCAAUCCUCAGCCUGACCCCUGAGCCCUCAGCGGCCAACUCCGCAGGUAUUGACUGGAAGGUGGGAUCUUUCCUUGCUAUCCUGAAGGAAGACACAGAAACUAGUUGUUCAUUUGUCUUGAACCCAGGGUUGUGUGUUGAUUGUUUUGUUUCAGAAUAAACAUUGCUGGUU